AUGAGCAGCGUUGCCGGCUCAGUCGUGCGGGAGUGGUCACUGAGGGAUGUGUGGUACCGUAACUGAGUGACUGAGGAAAAAGACCCGGCGUAGUUUCUCCGCGUAAUACGCUCUCGCUCUUUACCCCCCCUGAACAAAAAAGAACUAGCAGUACCGAGAGUCUAGUCAGUUUUCGGCCCCCCUCCCGAUUUUACGCGAAAACUACGGAAUACGCUGAUCGUAUAUUUAUUUAAGUAUUUAUUGUACAAAAGACUUUAAAUAUAGCCGACACAAUGUCCGUCGAUAAGGAGGAAUUGGUUCAGCGUGCAAAGCUCGCCGAGCAGGCAGAGAGGUACGAUGAUAUGGCAGCUGCGAUGAAGGCAGUCACCGAAACAGGAGUCGAGUUAUCGAACGAGGAAAGGAACUUGUUGUCGGUAGCGUAUAAGAAUGUCGUUGGUGCAAGACGUAGCUCGUGGCGAGUCAUCUCCUCCAUUGAGCAGAAAACCGAAGGUUCUGAGCGCAAACAGCAGAUGGCCAAGGAAUAUAGGGAAAAGGUUGAGAAGGAGCUGCGUGAAAUUUGUUAUGACGUAUUGGGACUCCUUGAUAAGUACCUGAUCCCUAAGGCUAGUAAUGCCGAGAGUAAAGUAUUCUACCUCAAGAUGAAGGGCGACUACUACAGGUAUCUCGCAGAAGUCGCUACCGGAGAAACCAGAAAUGCGGUAGUCGAGGAUUCACAGAAAGCGUAUCAAGAAGCGUUUGACAUAGCAAAAUCAAAAAUGCAGCCUACGCAUCCCAUCAGGCUCGGUCUUGCACUCAACUUCUCCGUUUUUUAUUACGAAAUUAUUAAUUCUCCGGCUAGAGCCUGUCAUCUUGCCAAACAGGCGUUCGAUGAUGCAAUCGCAGAAUUGGACACACUUAACGAGGACAGCUACAAAGAUUCCACGCUAAUUAUGCAGCUUUUACGCGACAACCUCACUCUUUGGACCAGUGACACGCAGGGCGAUGCGGACGAAGCACAGGAGGGUGGAGAUAACUAACCUUCCUAAGCUUAAGUCCUUUCUAACCUAAUAAGAACAUCCUAUUCUCUAUCGUCCCCCCGUCCCUUGAAGUGCUCACCCAUCCAUCCACCCGAGAUCGAUUUAUUCAUUCGCCUGUCCUUUCGUCCUUCGCGUACCUCGCUGCCCUCUCCCUCCUUCCCUAUCACUUUUAUUCUUUUCUCAUUCCGUUUAACAAUCUUCAUUAUCUGGUCUGUUUUACUAUCCUAUCACUCUUAUUCCUCGUUUCAUUAUUCUGUCUUAUCCCUCUUCGGGUUUCCCCUCUAUCUCUCCCUCUCUGCCUCCCACCCUUUCUUUCUUCCGUCCUUUUUUUCAUCUUUCCUGCCUUCCUUCUUUACGUCCUUACUUCCUUCCACCUUUCUUCAGUUCCACAUUCGCAAGGGCAACGUCGCCUUUUUUCCGCAUCCUAAUUUUUUUAAUCUCCUCCUCGAAAGUCACGACCUCUUUGUUCUAACGCGACCGCACACUGCUGCCAAUGCCACCGCCACAGCUGUUACGCCCGAUUCGAAAGCUCGAACACGAGAGAAUCUCGUUCUCGACCGUAUCCUUUCUUAAAGGAUCGAUUCACGUGCCGGUCGCUGAAUAUACUCGCUAUUGCCACUCGUCAAAAAUUUUGAAUUUGAGUAUUCAAUUUCAAAAGGAGUGUCGAUCUACGACAGGAGGGGGAGGGGGGAUGGAGAGAAAGGGGAGGGAGAGAGAGAGAGAGAGAGAAACGAAGAGAAAAUAACAAAAGGCCAAGGAAAAAAUUAGCGAAUUUAUGCGAAAUUAACGUAGGAUAUUGCGUAACCACGCCUCGCGCGGCCCUUAACGAAAGGAAGCGGUCGAGUCGUGAGAGUUACUCGAUCUCUUGACAACAAGUUUAUCCAAGGGAAGCGUUAUUGACUCGUGUUUGUGUGGAAGAACGGGAGAAAACAAAUUGUGGAUGAACAGAGGAAAGGACAGAGAGAAUUUUGCAAACGCUGUCUCAUCGUACAACGAUAAGGUAGUAAAAGAUAGUAUCGAAGAGUAUAGAAGAGAACAAAAAUGUUAUAUGUAACGUUAUAAAAGAGAAAGAGGUAAUCGCUAGUAGAUUACGGGGUGUAAAUGAUGCUGUCGGAACCGUGACCGAUAGAGGUAAAAUGUUGAAUAAACUAGUCUUUGACGGGUAUAUAGAAACAGAAACAUAUAUCGAUAUCGCUGUUCGGAUGAGACGCGGGAUGCGAAAAACAGCCACGAAACACUGUCACUACUCCCAAAUCUGCUCACUAUUUACCAUCUAAAGUAUCGCUAAACGAAACAGAGAUUCGAGAAGAAACGAAGUGAAAGGAAAAAAGCACGCAUGAAUCUAAUUACAUUAUAUCCAGUUGUCAUUAAAUUAAAUUUCACAUUGUCUAGCAAGUACGAUAUUAUUAUACGAAGGGAAGAACGCAGGAGGAGAAAGGAGAGUAAAAAUACAUUAAGUUAUUAAGUUCCAACACAUCAGUGGUGACUUAAUUUUUACAUUUAAUACUUUUUACAUAUUGCACGUUAGUAGUACACGAAAAAGUCUUAUGCAUACACACGCGUGCACGCAAGUACAAAAUACUACAUUUUGUGCGCAUAUUCGUUUCCUGUUUUCUAUUUCAUUUUUUUUUAUGUGUACGCGUACCCGUGUGUGUAUGGUUUAUAAUUGACACGUUUAAAACGACUCUUUUGCUUUUACAUAUUGUUUCAAAAUUCGAAUUUGUGCCCUUAUCAUAGUUGCUGUAUUAUCGAGGUGAGUGAAGCACAUAACUUUAAGAAUGCAUUUUUAUCCAUCGUACGCCAUGACCGUCCGUUGCUAACGCGUGAAUAUCUGAGAAGGAAGGGGACGCUUGAUUUUGAUUUCUUAAACAGCCAAUCGAUACGUGACUACCUCUUAAGAAAUUUCUCUCGAUAUUUCUUCUGUCCUGAUUUUUAACUACGAUAAUUCUCACAAGCUGUGAUUCUCUUUCUCUCGUUAUGCUCCGCCUCCUCCAUUUCCUCUCCUCUCUUCUAUCUUUCUUUCUUCCCCUCUCUUCCGUAUAUAUGUUAUAAUAUAUAUACAUAUAUUAUACACAAUAAUAUAUAUACAACAGAUAUUUACCGGAAACUCGAUUACUAAUGUCAUGAUAAACGAAAGGGAAAAAAAAGAAAACGAGAACAAAUUAUGUGUACGCGUGUAAAAAAAAUCAUAUUCUCCUUAAUUUUAACAUACAUACGCAAGUACGCAAGCAUCUAUACUCAUUUGUAUAUAUGUAUGUGCGUGAGUGUAUGCAUGUAUAUAUAUUAUAUAUAUAUAAUCAGCUUUUUUUGUCGGCAUGAUCGAUCUCGUGAAAUUUGUCGAUAGAGAUUGUCGAGGAUAAUUCGUUAUAUCCUGCUAUUUUGCAAAUUUAUAUUAAUAACUUUACAGAAUGUCUUCUAAGCACAGCAUUAUCUAUGAAUUCGGUUAAUGCAAAAAAAAAAAUGCGAAGUUGGCGGAAUGAAUUUUUUUCCGUUUGUUCUUUAACGGAUAAAAGCUCCGUUAUAGAUCUUGAUCGAUCACCUAUAUAGUGACACCUGUACCAUCAACCAUCACAACUUAUCAAACAACAUGUUUCUUUUGGUAUCUCGGGGUGACGUAUUCAAACGGCAGAUCAAAGACGUGUAACAGUCUAUGAUCGGCUCGAACGAAACCUUGAUAAAAGGGACGAACGUUGCCAUUUUAAAAAUGGAAAGAGUCAAAUGAUAACGAUAACGAUAAAUCGAUCGCGUCCAAAUGCAACGGAUACGUUCGGUCCAGGGGCGGAUUAACAUGUAUAUAUGUAUGAAUCAAGUACUUCUAAUUAUUUGAGAAUUAUGGCAAGUCCGUUUUGUAUCUUAGUUAAAUUCUAAGUAACAAUUCCUAAUUUUCGCCGAUCGAAUAAACGAAAUUCCAUUUGUUUCUAUGUUAAAACCAAUCAUUCUUUUUUACAAUAUUAAAAAUAAAUAAACGUUAAAUAUUUGUUCGCUUUCGUUUCUUUUUACUCUGUUUCUAUUGUUACAUAGUCGGUUGAAAUCCUUAGAAAUCCACCAUCCGCCUCUGGUUCGGUCCAUUCCAUUAGGUCCUAAUCUACCUGUCUCGGUAGAGUGAACUCGACAUAUUCUUCGUCUCGUAUGCAUGGAUACUUUUAAGUGUAUGUAAAAUACGCGCGCUUACCCUAAACACACAGGCGUAGACUUACAUAUACAGACACAAAACAUAUAAUAAUAUACGUAAAUGUUUACCAUAUGGAAACAAAUAACGAUUAUCGGUAUUACAGCGUGUGUUGCGUGGGUAAACGUUCCCCAAAUAUGUUGUACUUUUUAAUGUGUCCAUGUUUCUGUCGCAUUGAACACACAAUAGAGUAUGAAUGAACGAAGUUGGAGUACGAAAACGAGUCGAUUUUGCAGAGGUAUUCAUAAAAUCGAUUCCGAAUAGCAACGUGGGAAAUCAAUACUAAUCCGUAGAUUACGAUUUCGUUCGAAAAGUACGGAUUGAAUCCGUGAUUGAUAAUUUUAUUCUUUUUAAUGUGCGUUUUCUAUCGGUUUACGCAAGUAUUAGUUACCGAUGCAAAAGAGACUGAGAACUAAGAAUGGUACGAUAAAAUUACGCAGAAUGGUUCCCGAGAGAGUCUUCUUAAAUCCAACUAUAAAUGAACCAGUUAAGCGAGUUCGGGUAGAUAUUAUAAAAGGAAAUUGACACCAUUCUUUGAAGGCAACUACAUAUAUUGUUCUUUAAUACCGGUCUCGCGUAGCGCAUCUUUAGUAAUAUUCAAUUCCUCUUUCUUUCUCCUUGGCCCCUUUUGGAAUUCCUAAACCAUCGGCGUUCCAUCAACAUUUGUCCUUAUAUCCUUGUUACUACAAGGAGCAUUAAUUCGUUGUAAUCGAUUUAUAUACUUUUUCCUUCAAUAUUUUGAUCUUCGAGUAUGUAUAUAUACAUAUAUCUUUUUUUUUUUUUUUUAUUAAUGACAUCGUCGUAAAUUUACUUUGUAGAUAAAGAGAGCGAAGAUCUCUUACGGGUUACGAAGGGGUGAUGUACAAUUUUUGUAAUUUUCUUAUUUGAAUCCUUCCUGCGCUCAUUUCCUUUAUUCAUUUUCUCGUUUCUAAUUACUUUUUACUCGAUCAUUGUAAAAGUUUAGAUUAGUAAUUUGAUUAUCGAAAUAUUUAUCACUAUGUUAUAACAACAAAUGGUAAAACAUUGUCCUUCACUUUAAUAAUUAUAUAAUAUUUCGAUUCGUAAAAUUUCUCUCUCUUUCUCUCUCUCUCUUUCUCUCUCUCUCUCUCUCUCUCUCUCUCUCCUCGUGGAGAAAGCUAGCCAUCGCAAAUUUCAAAUAUUCAUCCGCUACAUUUUCCUAGUUUCCUCGUCCCGAGUUAUGUUGUUCUAUUUGUAUUUAUCAUCGAUCAUCGUAAUUGUAAAUUAUAAUUAUUAUAAACGUUUACACGAAAUAAUAAAUUCUGAUAAAAUGUCUCAGAAAA